AUGGAUUUGAGAGUGGGUAGAAAAUUCCGUAUUGGGAGAAAAAUUGGUAGUGGGUCCUUUGGGGACAUCUACCACGGCACCAAUCUGAUAAGUGGAGAAGAGGUUGCCAUCAAGUUGGAAUCCAUUAGAUCAAGACAUCCGCAACUAGAUUAUGAAUCACGUGUUUAUAAAUACUUGAGUGGCGGUGUUGGAAUUCCAUUUAUUCGGUGGUUUGGACGUGAAGGAGAAUAUAACGCCAUGGUUAUCGAUCUAUUAGGACCUUCUCUGGAAGAUCUUUUCAAUUACUGUCAUAGAAAAUUUACAUUCAAGACCGUUAUCAUGUUAGCCUUGCAAAUGAUUUGCAGAGUCCAAUACAUCCAUGGUCGUUCAUUUAUUCAUAGAGAUAUUAAACCAGAUAAUUUCUUAAUGGGGACAGGUCGUCGUGGUAGUACCGUUCACGUAAUCGAUUUUGGUUUAUCAAAGAAAUAUAGAGAUUUUAAUACGCAUCGUCAUAUUCCAUACAGAGAAAAUAAAUCAUUGACGGGGACAGCACGUUAUGCCAGUGUGAAUACUCAUUUAGGUAUUGAACAAAGUAGAAGAGAUGAUUUGGAAUCUCUAGGAUACAUGUUAGUUUAUUUUUGUAAGGGGUCCUUGCCAUGGCAAGGGUUGAAGGCAACCACCAAGAAACAGAAAUAUGAUCGUAUCCUUGAAAAGAAAUUGUGUAUUAGUGUGGAGACCCUUUGUGCUGGUUUACCAAUUGAAUUUGCCGAUUAUAUGAAUUAUUGUAGAAAUCUAAAGUUCGAUGAGAGACCAGAUUAUUUGUAUUUGGCCAGAUUAUUCAAAGAUUUAAGCAUCAAAUUGGAAUACCACAAUGAUCAUCUAUUCGAUUGGACUAUGCUUCGUUAUACAAAGGCAAUGGUGGAAAAGCAACGUGACCUAUUGACUGACGAAGGUGAUAAUGAAAGUAAUAGCAAGACAGAUCAAUUCAACAAGAUUAAAGUUUUAGCAAUGAAAAAAUUUUCCACACAUUUCCAUUAUUACAAGAAUGAUGAUAAACAUAACCCAACCCCAGAAGAAAUUAAACAACAAUCAAUAGAAAAUAAUGAAGCUGCAUCUACACUACCACAAGAAUUAUUAAAAGCAAUUGAUAAGGGUAUGGAGACUUUGAAACAACAACAAAGUCAGGUUCAAGUCCCUGGCCAACAAUUAAAUGACCAAGAGUUACCAACGGCGGAACCGCUACUACAGCAAAACCAGAGGGAAACACAGGGUCAGCAAUUCCCAGUUGCUCAACGAGAAAUACGCCCUUCCAGAACAACAUAUUAUCCUCCAACAGGUGUUAACCAACAGGUUCCUCCAAAUACGCAGCCAACCCAACAGCAAUCAACUAACAACAAUGGUAACAAUAAUGCUAAACCAUCUGGGGAACAUAUAUGGCUAUAG